AUGAGGGCCCCGGUCCCCCGCGCCCCGGCGCCCGCGCUCUGCCUGCUCCUGGCUUGCUUCUGGCUGCCCCGGGGAGAGCCGGCAGGGGAGUCCCCGCAGGUGCAGCGCCUCGUCUCCCCCACUCACCCAUGCCAACCUUUUUUCUCAUCUAGUGUCAGUCACCAGGAGGUGACCUUUCCCAUAGGAGAUGCCCCAACAGUGAUGGGAGGUCAGGGUGCAGAAGCACUGGACUCCUUGGCCAUGUCUUCCUGGGAAAGGCGUCUCCAUCGGGCCAAGUGUGCACCUGCUUACUUGUUCUCCUGCUUCAAUGGGGGUGAGUGUGUGCACCCAGCCUUCUGUGACUGCAGACGCUUCAAUGCGACUGGACCACGCUGCCAGAUGGUGUACAAUGCCGGCCCUGAGCGGGACAGCAUCUGCCGGGUGUGGGGACAGCACCAUGUGGAGACGUUCGAUGGCCUGUACUACUACCUGUCCGGGAAGAGCAGCUACACACUGGUGGGGUACCAUGAACCUGAGGAGCAGAGCUUCUCAGUCCAGGUGCACAAUGAUCCGCAGUGUGGUUCCUCCCCCUACACCUGCUCGAGGUCUGUCAGUCUCUUCUUUUCCGGUGAGCAAGAGAUCCGUCUGGCCAAGGAGGUCACCCACGGAGGCGUGAGAGUCUCAUUGCCACAUGUGAUGGGGAGCAUACGUCUGCAGCGCCUUGCUGGCUACAUCAUCGCUCGGCAUCAGGAAGCUUUCACCCUGGCCUGGGAUGGCACCUCAGCUGUCUACAUCAAGAUGAAUCCAGAGUUCCUGGGCUGGACCCGUGGGCUGUGUGGGAACAACAAUGCUGACCCCCAGGACGACCUGGUGACUAGCUCUGGGAAGCUGACAGACGAUGUGACUGAGUUUGUGCAUAGCUGGCAGGAGCCAGCCCCCAACCAGCCUCCAGGGCCCAUGACCACCUCCCCACCCCGGCCACCAUGCCUGCAGCAAAGUCCAGUAGCCAUGCAGGGUGUGUACGAGCGGUGUGAGGUGCUGCUGCAGUCCCCCUUUGAUGCCUGCCAUACCUACGUCAGCCCUCUGCCCUUCAUGGCCAGUUGUACCAGCGAUCUCUGCCAAUCGGCAGGUGAUGAAGUCACCUGGUGUCGGGCACUGGCAGAGUAUGCUCGAGCGUGUGCCCAGGCUGGGCGACCCCUGAUAGGCUGGAGGUCCCAGCUCCCACAGUGUGCUGUGCACUGCAAGGAGGAGGCCUUCACCUACAACGAGUGCAUCGCCUGCUGCCCUGCCUCCUGCCAGCCCCGGGCAUCCUGUGUGGACAGCGAGAUCGCCUGUGUGGACGGCUGCUACUGCCCUGAUGGGCUCAUCUUUGAAGAUGGGGCCUGUGUGGCCCCCACUGAGUGUCCCUGUGAGUUCCAUGGGAUCCUGUACCCAACUGGCUCCGUGGUGAAGGAAGACUGCAAUGCCUGCACGUGCACAGCAGGAAAAUGGGUGUGCAGCACAGCCGUCUGCCCAGCUGAGUGCUCAGUGACCGGUGACAUCCACUUCACGACCUUUGAUGGCCGCCGGUACAUGUUUCCUGCCACUUGUCAAUACAUCCUGGCCAAGAGCCGUUCCUCCGGGACCUUCACAGUGACCUUGCAGAAUGCUCCAUGUGGUUUGAACCAGGACGGGGCCUGUGUCCAGUCAGUUUCAGUGAUUCUGCACCAGGACCUGCUGAAGCAGGUGACCCUGACCCAGGCAGGGGAUGUCCUCCUGUUUGACCAGUACAAGAUCACCCCACCCUAUACGGACGAUGCCUUUGAGAUCCGGAGGCUGUCCUCUGUGUUCCUGCGGGUGAGGACCAACGUGGGCGUGCGGUUGCUCUAUGACCACGAAGGACUGCGGCUCUACCUGCAGGUGGACCAGCGAUGGGUGGAAGAUACCGUGGGCCUCUGUGGCACCUUCAACGGCAACACGCAAGACGACUUCCUGUCCCCAGUGGGUGUGCCUGAGAGCACCCCACAGCUCUUUGGCAAUUCUUGGAAAACACUGUCUGCCUGCUCUCCACUGGCCCCUGGCUCUCCACUGGACCCAUGUGAUGUGCACCUGCAAGCUGCCUCCUAUGCGGUGCAGUCCUGCAGUGUGCUCACCGGAGAGCUGUUUGCACCUUGCUCCACGUACCUGAGCCCCGUGCCCUACUUUGAGCAGUGUCGUCGGGAUGCCUGCCGCUGUGGGCAACCCUGUCUGUGUGCUGCGCUGGCUCACUACGCCCACCUGUGCCAGCGUCACGGGCUCCCUGUCAACUUCCGCACCCACCUGCCCGCCUGUGCGCUGUCCUGUGAGGCUAGCAAGGAGUACAGCCCCUGUGUAGCCACAUGUAGACAAACCUGUCAAGACCUGGCUGUCCCUGAGGCCUGUGGUGGUGAUGGUGGUGGCCACCUCAGUGGGGACGAGUGUGUGGAGGGCUGUGCCUGCCCAGAAGACACCUAUCUGGACACCCAGGCUGACCUCUGUGUCCCCAGGAACCAGUGCUCCUGCCACUUCCAAGGAGUAGACUACCCCCCUGGAGACAGUGACAUCCCGUCCCUGGGCCACUGCCACUGUAAAGAUGGAGUCAUGAGCUGUGACAGCAGAGUCCCAGCUGCUGCCUGUCCGAUAGGCCAAGUGUUCGUGAACUGCAGUGAGCUGCACACAGACCCAGAGCUGAGCAGGGAGAGGACAUGUGAGCAGCAGCUGCUGAAGCUGAGCAUGCCGGCCCGCGGUCCCUGCCUCUCGGGCUGUGCCUGCCCACAGGGCCUGCUCAGACACGGGGAUGCCUGUUUCCUGCCUGAGGAAUGCCCAUGCACAUGGAAGGGGAUGGAGUAUUUUCCUGGGGACCAAGUCACAUCUCCCUGUCAUACCUGCGAGUGCCAGCAGGGCUCCUUCCAGUGCACUCUCCACCCCUGCGCCUCCACCUGCACUGCCUACGGUGACCGGCAUUACCGCACAUUUGAUGGGCUCCCCUUUGACUUUGUGGGGGCAUGCAAAGUGCACCUGGUCAAGAGCACGUCAGAGUUCAGCUUCUCUGUGAUAGUAGAAAACAUGAACUGUUACGGCUCUGGCAUCAUCUGCAGGAAAUUUAUUUCCAUCAAUGUUGGGAACUCACUCAUCAUCUUUGACGAUGACUCUGGAAAUCCUAGUCCUGAGAGUUUCCUGGAUGAAAAACAGGAGGUCCACACAUGGCGAGCGGGAUUUUUCACACUGGUACAUUUCCCAAGGGAGCACAUCACUCUCUUAUGGGACCAGAGAACCACAGUGCACAUCCAGGCUGGGCCUCAGUGGCAGGGACAGCUGACAGGACUCUGUGGAAACUUCGACUUAAAAACCAUCAAUGAGAUGAGAACCCCAGAGAACUUAGAGCUAACUAACCCCCAGGAGUUUGGCAGCAGUUGGGCUGCAGUUGAGUGCCCAGACUCCCUGGAUGCCCGGGACACAUGUGUUCUGAAUCCUCUCCGAGAACCAUUUGCCAAGAAAGAGUGCAGCAUCCUCCUCAGUGAGGUGUUUGAGAGCUGCCAUCCUGUGGUUGAUGUCACCUGGUUUUACUCAAACUGCCUGACAGACACAUGUGGGUGCAGCCGCGGUGGUGACUGUGAGUGCUUCUGUGCCAGCGUGUCAGCCUAUGCCCAUCAAUGCUGCCAGCAUGGAGUGCCUGUCGACUGGCGGACCCCACACCUCUGCCCAUAUGACUGUGACUUCUUUAACAAAGGUCCCUUCUCUCUGGUGCUAGGCAAGGGCCCCUACCAGCUGGCCAGUUUGGUGGCCAGUGGUGCCCUGGUGGCCAGGAAAGCAGGCAGCAGUGCUGUGGUGCUAGUGAAGACAGAAGAUGUGGCACCGGGGGACCUCGUGAGUUUCCUGCUGACAGCUGCACUGUACAAAGCCAAGGCUCACGACCCUGAUGUAGUAUCUCUGGAGGCAGCUGACAGACCCAACUUCUUCCUCCAAGUCACAGCCAAUGGAUCGUUGGAGUUGACUAAAUGGCAGAGCAGUGAUGUCUUCUACCACCGUGCCACUUUCUCGCUGCACCGGGAGACAUGGCAGGCAGGCCUAGUGGCCCUGGAGUCCCUAGCAGAGCCUGGUUCCUUCCUUUAUGUGUCGGGCCCCACACUGGUCCUGAGGUUGUAUGAGCACACAGCGGCAUUCCGCCAGAGCAUUCUCUUCCGCCUUCUGGAUGCCAAGCCCUCAGGAGCUGCCUAUCCCAUCUGUGAGUGGCACUACGAUGCCUGUACCACACCGUGUUUCCAAACCUGCCGGGAUCCGCAGGCAACCAGUUGUCAGGACGUACCCAGGGUAGAAGGCUGUGUCCCUGUGUGCCUCCCCCCCAAGGUUUUGGAUGAAGUCACCCAGAGAUGCGUGUACUUGGAGGACUGUGUAGAGCCCACAGUUUGGGUUCCCACAGAAGCCCUUGGCAAUGAGACCCAGCCUUCUAGACAAGAACUGACCACCCCCAGUGUCCAGACGCUGCCCCUUCCGCAGGAAACUCCAGGGGGUCCCAGCCACAGGCCAGCCCACCCCACAGGUGUCCCACUCACUACAACCCUGAGCCCACCAACAGCAGCCAGUGAGAGGCCAAUGCUGUCUCCAGGCUCCACCCUGUCCACCCCGCAGCAACCACUGGGCCUCACUGCAGCAUCUAACCUCCCCACCCGCCCGACAGAGCCCCCAGCCAGUGAGGAAGUGACUGCUAGCCACCUGGCCACCCUCCACACCCCAGAGCCUUCAUCCCUCCACCUUUUACCACAGAAACCCACACUUGGUACGGGGUCUGGUGCCAUGGAGACCACCAGGGUGACUGUGACUCUCACAGGGAGCCUCAACAUCACAGUCUCUUCUCAGUCACCCCCUGUACCUCGUUUCCCACUCUUGACCAGAGCUGUGACUGUCCCAAGCCAUGGCUCCUUGCCUGUGAGAACAACACCCCUCCAGCCCUUCCCGAGCCUGGAACUGCCAGCAAGUCCCUCUUCUAGGCCCGUGGCUUCCUCUGGAGUGACCUCCAGGCCCCCUACCUCCUCAGCAGGACCCCACAAAACCUUGCUGACAUCUGCUAUCACUAAGGUCACAAACAGGACUGGGAUCCCCCCAUCCAUCAUGGCCCAGAGCAUAGAAAGUCACAUCAGAAGCCCACCCAUGACUACCCCACCAGCACAGCAAGUUCCUUUCAGUCCUGACACUACCAGGAGAGUGGAGGUGGUGCCCUCUACAGAGAAGGUGGAACCAGGACAUAGCCAGCAUGUGGGCCUGCCACAGCCAAGUCCAUUCCCCACUCCCCUGCCCCACCCAGCCCAGCAUACCACCAUGGCCUCCAGGUCUCCACCUCUGCCCCCUGGGAUCCCAGCUGCUGCCAGUCUGCCCACAGUUGCUCAUGGGCUAGGUGCCACACCCUUCAUGCCUCUGGAUUCAACUCAGCCAUCCCAGCUCCUUUCUGGACUGCCUCCUGACACCAGCCUGCCCCUGGCCAAAGUGGGCACAUCAGCCCCAGUGGCCAUGCCCGGCCUCAAAGGCUCUGUUACUAGCUCUCUUCCCCAGCAGCAAGCCACAUCUCCAGCCAUGGCCACAACACUGCCUGCCAGGACACUUGGCCCAGCCCUGCCUCUUAGCCCGGCUGGCCUGGAUCAGGUGCACCCACCCAGUCCCACAGCCCCCCAGACGACAGGCACAGCUCCAGGCCUGCUUCUGGGAGCCACACUGCCAGCUUCUGGAGAUGUGACCAUGGCUGAGGGAGCAGCCCCCACAGUCUCUGUCCCCCCAGGAAAGAGCACAACAGAGAUGAUGGCCAUCCUAUCCAAACAAGUGUCUCUGCUCACCUCGACAUAUAGCUCUGCCCUGCGUGGACCCACAGAGCUCACGCCUGCUGUGGCCCACACUCCUGCUGCCUUGGUGACUGAGGUUAAGGGUCCCCGGGCCAGCACAGUGCCACCAGCGCCCACAUCCCAUCCUCCAAGCCGAAUCUCAGCCAGGACCGCCUCCAGGGAGAGCUCGCUGGUUGUGCUCCCUCAGCUGACAGAUGCCCAUGGUACCUCUGCAGGACCUCAGCCCCCAGCCAAGCCAGUGGGUGAGGCCACCACCCAACAGUCUGGCCGCUCAGCCCCAGCCCUGAGCAUCCCUGAGGGUCUGGCUGAGAGCUGGACAACCGACAUUGAGGUGAACACAUCUGACACCUGUGUGCCAAUCGCGGAGCAGGACUGUGUCCGCCACAUCUGCCUGGAGGGACAGCUGAUUCGAGUGAACCAGUCCCAACACUGUCCCCAGGGCUCCACACCCCCUCGCUGUGGGGUCCUGGGCCUGGCUGUGCGGGUGGGCGGGGACCACUGCUGCCCCCUCUGGGAGUGUGCCUGUCGGUGCUCCAUCUUCCCUGAUCUGAGCUUCGUGACCUUUGAUGGGAGCCAUGUAGCCUUGUUCAAGGAGGCCAUCUACAUCCUCAGCCAGCGCCCAGACGAGAUGGCCACUGUACACGUCCUGGACUGCAAAAGUGCCAACCUGGGACACCUGAAUUGGCCACCGUUCUGUCUGGUGAUGCUGAAUGUGACUCACCUGGCACAUCAGGUCACCAUUGACCGAUUCAACCGGAAGGUGACUGUGGACUUGCAGCCUGUGUGGCCCCCUGUGAGCAAGUAUGGGUUCAGAAUUGAGGACACAGGCCACAUGUACGUGCUCCGGACGCCCUCACACAUCCAGAUCCAGUGGCUCCACAGCUCGGGACUCAUGAUCCUGGAAACCAACAAAGCCAGCCAAGUCCAGGGCCGGGGCCUGUGUGGUAUCUGUGAUGGGGACGCGGCUAAUGAUCUCACCCUGAAGGAUGGCUCUGUGAUAGGAGCGACCAAGGACCCUGCUCCCUUUCUGGAUAGCUGGCAAGUGCCCAGCUCCCUGACCUCCGUGGGCCAGACCCGCUUCCGCCCAGACACCUGCGCCACAGCGGACUGCUCACCUUGCCUGCGCAUGGUGUCCAACCGCACCUUCAGCGCAUGCCACCGCUUUGUUUCCCCGGAGUCCUUCUGUGAGCUGUGGAUCCAGGACACCAAGUACGUGCAGCAGCCCUGCGUGGCUCUGACUGUAUACGUGGCCAUGUGCCAUAAAUUCCACGUGUGCAUCGAGUGGCGGCGCUCUGACUACUGCCCCUUCCUGUGCUCCAGUGACUCUACAUACCAGGCAUGUGUGGUGGCCUGUGAACCCCCGGACACCUGCCAGGAUGGGAUGCUGGGCCCACUGGACCCUGAGCAAUGCCAAGUGCUGGGUGAGGGCUGUGUCUGCUCUGAGGGCACCAUCUUGCACCGGCGCCACUCCGCGCUCUGCAUCCCUGAGGAGAAGUGUGCCUGCACUGACAGUGCAGGGGUGCCACGAGCCUUGGGGGAGACCUGGAACAGCUCGCUCAGUGGCUGCUGUCAGCACCAGUGCCAAGCUCCGGACACCAUAGUUCCUGUGGUCUUGGACUGCCCGGGACCCCGCCCUGAGAGCUGCCCACGCUUUGGAGAAGUGGCCCUGCUCCAGCCCACUGAGGAUCCUUGUUGCCUGGGGGCUGUUUGUGUGUGUAACCAGACUCUGUGUGAGGGUCUUGCCCCCACCUGCCGCCCAGGACACCGACUCCUCACCCACUUCCAGGAGGACUCCUGCUGUCCCAGUUACAGCUGUGAAUGUGACCCAGACCUGUGUGAGGUGAAGCUGAUCCCCAGUUGCCGCCAGGACCAGAUCCUGAUUGCAGGCCGCCUGGGAGACUCGUGUUGCACCUCCUACUUCUGUGCCUGCAGCCAUUGUCCAGGUCCCAUCCCCGAGUGUCAGGAAGGUGAGGCACUCACGGUGGACAGGAAUACCACGGAGUUGUGCUGCCCGCUAUACCAGUGUGUGUGUGAGAGCUUCCGCUGCCCCCAAGUGCAGUGUGGCCUGGGCACGACCCUGGUGGAGGUGUGGAGCCCAGACCGGUGCUGCCCAUACAAGUCUUGUGAGUGUGACUGCGAUAGAAUCCCAGUGCCCCAUUGCCAUCUGUGGGAGAAGUCACAGCUGGACGAGGAGUUCAUGCACAGCGUGGAGAACGUGUGUGGCUGUGCCAAGUACGAGUGUGUGAAGGCCCCUGUGUGUCUGAGCCGUGAGCUGGGGGUGAUGCAGCCGGGCCAAACAGUGGUGGAGCUCUCUGCAGAUGGUGUGUGCCACACCUCACGCUGCACUGAUGUGCUUGACCCCCUCACCAGCUUCUACCAGAUCAACACCACCUCCGUCUUAUGUGACGUCCACUGUGAGGCGAACCAGGAGUAUGAGCAUCCGCGGGACCUGGCAGCGUGCUGCGGUUCCUGCACCAACGUGUCCUGCCUCUUCACCUUCCCCAAUGGCACCACUUCCCUGUUCUUGCCGGGGGCAUCCUGGAUUGCAGACUGCACCCGUCACCACUGCAGCAGCACUCCCCUGGGCGCCGUGCUCGUCCGCUCGCCCAUCAGCUGCCCACCACUCAAUGAGACCGAGUGCAUCAAGGUUGGGGGCUCUGUGGUGCCAUCCUUGGAAGGGUGCUGUCGGACAUGUAAGGAGGAUGGGCGCUCCUGUAAGAAGGUGACCAUCCGCAUGACCAUCCGCAAGAACGACUGCAGAAGCAACACCCCUGUGAACCUGGUGUCCUGUGACGGGAGGUGCCCAUCCGCCAGCAUCUAUAACUAUAACAUCAACACCUACGCCCGUUUCUGCAAGUGCUGCCGUGAGGUGGGCCUGCAGCGGCGUUCCGUGCAGCUCUUCUGUGCCACCAAUGCCACCUGGGUGCCUUACACAGUACAGGAGCCCACCGACUGUGCCUGCCAGUGGUCCUAG